GCGGAAGAGAAAUGGCGCCGGCGGCUGAAGGAACAAGAACAGAAACCGCUGGAAAAGCUGAGCAGAGUAUUUGAAGAUCUGAAGACAGAAGUUUCAAAGUCAACAGAUGAAGGGCUUAUGCUUGAAACAUCGACUUUCCUGCUCUUCGGAUGCUGCCUGACCUGCUGUGCUUUUCCAGCACCGCACCUUUCGACACUGAGUGUCCAAUGUCUGCAGUCCUCACUUUGAUGUCAAUGUCUGACAGUCACUCAAUCCAUUGGAAACACAACAAUUUUCGACUGUGAUUCUGUGAGAAGGAGCAAAGCUUUUUGGUUCUUGUUUCUAUAUGUUUUCAGAAUCAGUGGGACUGGAUGAGAGACCGUACUGUUGCAGUGCACUGAGUGUGGAGGCAGAAAUAGUCAUACGACUUGGAAAGAGGAAUUUACGGCAGGGAGGGGCUCUACACAUGUUUGUGUGCAGCUGAAGUUUUGGCCAUGGAGAAACCUGAGGGACCCUGCCCCGUAGAGAAACCAUGUAAGUGUGGUGACUGUGGGAAAAGUUUCCAUUUCCCGUCUGCCCUGGAGACUCAUCGGCGCACUCACACCGGGGAGAGGCCGUUCCCCUGCACAGAGUGUGGUAAGACCUUCAGCAAUUCCUCUGACCUACUGAAGCACCAACGGGUCCACACGGGGGAGAGACCCUUCAGCUGUCCCAAAUGUGGGAAGGGCUUUACCCAGGCCUCCAGUCCGCUGGCCCACCGGCAGGUCCACACCGGGGAGAGGCCGUUUCUUUGCACCAAGUGUGGGAAGGCCUUCAGCAAUUCCUCCGCCCUGCUGAGGCAUCAGCGGGUCCACACGGGGGAGAGGCCCUUCAGCUGCCCCGAGUGCGGGAAGGGCUUUACCCACACCUCCACCUUGCUGACCCACCGGCGGGUCCACACCGGGGAGAGGCCCUUCACCUGCCCCAAGUGCGGGAAAGCCUUCAGCAAUUCAUCCGACAGACUGAAGCACCAGCGGGCCCACACUGGGGAGAGGCCCUUCAGCUGCCCUGAGUGUGGGAAGGGCUUUACACAUUCCUCCACCCUGCUGGCCCACCAGCGGGUCCACACUUCGGACAUGGAGAAACCGUGGAAGUGUGGUAACUGUGAGAAAGGCUUCCGUACUCCGUCUGACCUGGAGAUUCAUCGGCGCACCCACACCGGGGAGAGGCCGUUCUCCUGUCCCAAGUGCAGGAAGGGCUUUACCCAGGUCUCUGCCCUGCUUAGGCACCAGCGGAUCCACACGGGGGAGAGGCCUUUCAGCUGCCCUGAGUGUGGGAAGGCCUUCAGCGAUUCAUCCUCCCUACUGACCCACCGGCGAGUCCAUACGGGAGAGAGGCCCUUCAGCUGUCACGAGUGCAGGAAGGCCUUCAGCAAUUCCUCAUCCCUGCUGAGGCACCAGCGGGUCCACACGGGAGAGACCCCCUUCAGCUGCCCUGAGUGUGGGAAGGCCUUCAGCCGUUCCUCCACUUUGCUGACCCACCAGCAGGUCCACACAGGGGAGAGGCCCUUCAGCUGUCCUGAUUGCGGGAAGGCCUUCAGCUAUUCCUACUCCCUGCUGAGGCACCAGCGGGUCCACACGGGGGAGAAGCCCUUCAGCUGCCCCGAGUGCGGGAAGGCCUUCAGCUAUUCUUCCUCCCUGCUGACCCACCGGCGAGUCCAUACAGGGGAGAGGCCCUUCUGCUGUCCCGAGUGCGGAAAGGCCUUCAGCGAUUCCUCCUCCCUGCUGACCCAUGGGCGAGUCCACACUGGGGAGAAGCCCUUCAGCUGCCCUGAGUGUGGGAAGGCCUUCACCCGCUCCUCCCACCUCCGGAGCCACCAGCGACUUCACGUGCCAUCGCAGGGAGACUGACGGCGAGUGCCAUUAUCGACUGGACUGUCAACUCAGUUCUGGGAUCUGUUGGGUUUGAAUCCCACCGCGGCAGAAUUGGAAUACGGUCAGAACCUAACGAUGAAACCAUUUUCUGUGGGGGAGGGGUUGUUUUUUUUAAGGGAAAGAAACUGCCGUUGUGGGAAAGGAUUCGCUCAGUCGUCCCAGCUGCAUCCUUUACCCGGUCUGGCCUACACGUGACUCCCGACCCACAGCAGUCUGUUUCACUCCACACUGCCCCCGUUCCCGGCCCCACGGGUUAAGGCUGUACCAAGGAUCCAAUUACCAAGGGACAACUCUGUGCUGUCCGAUAGUAGAGAAAGUGGGGUGGGGGAGGGGGAGUGUGUGCGCUUUGACCUUGAGAUGUUUAAAAAGCUGCUACUUUCUCUCCCCCUUUUUGCUGGGGGGGAUCUGAAGCUGUAACAAAG